GCGUACACGUGCGGCGUGCCGAUCCUUCAGCUAGGCCCUCCUGCGCUCGCAGGUUGGAUUUCUCUUCUCCCACUCCGGCUCCGCCACCGCCGCCGCCACCGAUGGACCUCCCUCCGGCGAACGGCGUACCGACGCCGGAGCUGCCGCCCCCUCCUCCGGGCCGUUGCCACUUCUGGCUCCCCAACAAGCGCCGCCACUGCGCCAACACCCCCAUCCCCUCUUCCCAGUACUGCGGGAACCACUCGCCGGCGUCCUCCUCUGACUCGCGCCGCCGCGUCCCCUGCCCCGUCGACCCCUCCCACACGGUGUUCGAGGAGAACCUGGAGGCCCACGUCGGCAAGUGCCCCUUUAGGAAGCAGGCCGACGCGCUCGCCGCACAGCCGUACUACUCCAAGGGCAUCAACUCCGGCGGGGGAGAGGCCGGUGGCGCCGUCGUCACCUCCGCCGCCAAGCGCGCCUCCGUGCACAAGCUCUCAGAGGAGGAGUUCUGGGGCUUGGUUGUGAAGAUCCGUUCGGCGCAUACUGCGGCAGCCGUCGAAAUGCGUGAGUCCUACAUCGCCCCGGAUGCCUGCGACAAGUGGAUGAAGGGGCAGGUUGAUAGGAAGGUGCCGUACCAGGAGAAGCACGUUGUGCAGCAGGUGUCGAUCGUCGGGAACAUGGAGACAUUUGGUUUGCUGCCGAGGGGAGGCGCUGAGGAUGCAACGGACGAGAUCGCGGUGAAGAAUCCUCCGGCAGCUGUUGAAUUUGGUGCUGGGAGGGGUUACUUGACUCAGAUGUUGGCAGACUGUUAUGGCAUCAAGAAUAUCUUCUUGGUCGAGAGACGAGCUUACAAGCUCAAGGCUGAUCGAAGUUUAAGGCAAAAUGAGGGUGUUAAAUUGGAGCGUUUGAGAAUAGAUAUUGAGGAUUUGAACCUGCAUGGAGUGCAAGCGUUGAAUGGGGGUCAGUAUCUAGCAAUUGGAAAACAUCUAUGUGGGCCUGCAACAGAUAUGACCAUAAUGUGCUGUCUUCAUGAACAACACAAUCAUACAGAAGAGAAAGGCCACGACAAGCACCAUCUCCGGGGCCUUGCUUUAGCAACCUGCUGCCACCAUCUCUGCCAAUGGAAGCAUUAUGCAAAUAAAUCUUUCUUCUCCGGACUAGGGAUUGCGGAGGAAGAGUUCCAUGCCAUGACAUGGUUUAGCAGUUGGGCUGUGGAUGGUGACCACAGCUCCCAGGACUCUUUGGAGGCUGAAGACUUAUCUUCCGAAGGCAGGAAUAGAGAAACCGAGAAGCCUGAUCCGGAGAUUAUUGGAGUCGAGAGAAUAAUCCGCAGUAUACCUGGCGUCGAGAGGAGCGCCCUCGGGUUCAUGUGCAAAGAUAUCAUUGACACCGGGAGGCUGCUGUGGCUUAGGUCCAAGUGUCUAGAUGCAGACCUUGUAAGAUAUGUUCCAUCAGAUAUUUCGCCAGAGAACCAUUUGCUCAUCGCCAAGUGUAGGUCUUGACUUCUGAAAAAAAAAUGUAGCCCUUGAUUGGGAUGCUCAAUUUUUAUCUCGACUAGGAGAAACAUGACACAGUUUUGUUGUAAAAGCUUUGUGUCUACAAAUUGAGAUUUAGUCACUGAGACAUCAAGAUUUUGGACUCGGAA